CUUCACGCCUCCACCGCAACAGGUCAUGCGUCCCAUUGUAUCCAAGGCACCAUCAUCUUCUCAAUACAUCAUCCAUCUGCCUUUAUCUACCUUAGAUCUACCACUGCAUUGCAGCCUGCCGUCAGAGAACGACUGACGAUGACACAAACCAGAUUCGAAAGCGAAUUCAGGUGACUCCCGCAUCUGCGUGAGCCCGCACUCUCCCAGCAAUGGAGGCGAUUCAGAAAGAGCAUGAUAAGGUGUGGAACAACUGCAAGCAGUCUAAAACAGCCCGUCAUGUCGAUGACAUUAUCAAUGCGCUCCAAAAGGCGAGGGAUGCCAUUGCCGAAGAUCCCAAUUCGCGACAGAUCACCCUGGCAAAGCUACAGAACCCGGUAAAGACAUCGUUCGACGGGAUAUUUUCAGGGCUGAAGGACACACAUGGAUUGCACAACAAAUACACAAGAGCGUUGGAUAAGGUGUUCAAGGAUAAAGUGCCCAGCAAUGAGAUUGACGCCCUGUCUUCCCACCCCACCCUCAUCAACCGAGCCAUCUAUCUACACCUGCUCCGAGAGGGACUAUUUGAUGUGGCCUCAACCUUUCACUCGGAAGCCCUCGAGAAACAGCGGCUCCAACAAGAAACGGCGGCCAAUCUGGGCUUAGACGUGCCUAUGGAGCAUCCUUUGGGACUGGACAAAACCUCGGAGGAGAGCAUGCAGGAACAGUUCUCCAAUAUGUACCAUAUCCUGAGCGAACUGAAAGCCAACCACAACUUGCAGCCGGCCAUUGAAUGGGCGCGGCGAAACGGCACGGCACUGGAAGGUCGCGGGAGUAAUCUGGAGUUCGAACUUUGCAGAUUACAGUUUGUGAAUUUAUUCAUGGAGCGUCGACCAGAAGAUCAAUCUGAAUUCGAUGGACCCAUGCGAGCCCUCCAAUACGCUCAGACCGAAUUCCAGUCUUUUCGUGGCCGAUAUCUGAUUGAGAUACAACAGCUGGUGGGCGCGAUUCCCUUUUCCUCCAAUCUUGAAGAGUCGCCAUACCACACUCGCUUCAACAACUCCACCGCCUGGGAUGAAGUUGCCAACUCUUUUAUCCGCGAAUUCUGCUCUCUACUCGAACUAUCUGCAGACUCACCAUUAUAUAUUGCGGCAACCGCGGGAGCUAUCGCCCUGCCUACGCUUCUAAAGCUGCAAACCAUUCAAAAGCAGAAGCGUACGGAAUGGACCUCACAGAACGAGUUGCCUGUCGAGACACCACUUCCUGCUUCAUACCGCUUUCACUCUAUCUUUGUCUGCCCGGUCUCCAAAGAACAAGCAACUGAUCAGAAUCCGCCCAUGAUGCUACCGUGCCAUCACGUCAUCGCGCAGGAGUCCUUGCAAAAGCUAAGCAAGGGCGCCAAAUUCAAGUGUCCAUACUGCCCGAUUGAAAGCCACCCUAAGGAGGCAAAGAGGGUUUUCAUCUAAGAUGGAAUGCGAACAUAGUGUCGAAACGUAAACCAAAUUCCUCUCCCAGCAUCGUCGUUGUGUGCCUUUGGGCGACACAUGAAGCGGGCUUGGAAGAGGUUGUUGGGACAGCGUUGUGAAAGGCGUACUAGGCGCCUGCUAGAUGAUGUGAAGGCAAGGCAAUACCAACAGAGGAUAUAUGAUCUCUUCUCCUGCCAACGCUAUGGAAGACUCGUGUCUCCGUUGCCUGGUGGUCUCUGCAUCUCAUAAAAUAGUUUCUGGGGCAGAUUGGUCGGGGAUGUGACAUCAGAACAGUAGUACAGUGGGAUUGGAAGAGGUCAGUGUGAAUUCGCUUAGCGAGCGAUGGAGCUAGGUUCAAGUUGGUGCUGGGUUUCAAUCCAGGAACAAUACUUUUAGCAAAUGAACAUGUACCUUUUGCAAGUCAGCUUAACGUCCGCCCUGUCACCGGUA